AUGAUGGUGCAGUUCGUUUCGGAGGUGGUCGCGAUCGACACCGGGGCCGGCUUGGUACAGCUCAACCCCGAGCAGGGAGGAGGGGUCGUGGUCGCCACGGCUAAGCCUGAGAUCAACGUGGAGCAAGACGAGGACCUACUCGUCUACCAGUCAACCAAACAGAUUCGGAUCGGUGGCAGCGGGUUCGAAGACGUCACGGAGCCUAGCAGAAGGCGGCGCCUGGGUCAAGGCGGUUUCUCUACGUUGCAUGGGCGAAAGGUUGCCACCGUGUUCGAAGACCCCACCGUGCAAGCUUCGGAUACCGAGAUAUACCGUGGCAUCAAGCGGGAGCUAUGCAUCUAUGGCACCGGUUUCAACACUGUGGUUCAGCCGACCCUGGUGUUCGCACCACCCCUCGACAACGAAGCCGUCAAUGUUCACGUGAGCAGUGGAUUUGAAGAGCUGCUGGUGCUUGCACGUAGGUUGCUUUCCGUCGUGCACGACGUGAAUCUUCUGGCAAAGCAGAGGACAACGCCCAAAUUGUCGUUUAGCCGUCCCGUCGGGGUGUGCUGGUUGAGGAAGUACCUGGUACGGUCUAAUUACCAGGGAGUUGACACCGGUGCCGGCAUCGUUGUCUUCGAAUCGCCGAUCACGGUGGCCACUGUUUCGCCUAGUGCCGGCACACACGAUGACCGAGUUUCACAGGUCACCAUCAGCGUCGAGGCCUCGCCUUUGCCCUCGGUCGAGGCCUCCUCGGGAGAGCUUUUCAUGGGUUCCGAAGCCAACGGCAUGAUUCUGACAGGUAGCCACUUCAGCCUGAGGCCCAAGCUGUACUUCGACUCGGCCCUACCGGACAACGUGCGGCAGCAGUUUAUUUCGUCGACCGAGAUCGCCGUCUCCAAGGAUUACAGCUUGGACAUCUUCUUCGACAAACCACUCGGCCCUCUUCUACCACACCCGUGGAGGGCCGAACCGGGACCCCUUAAGAUCGUCGCGAUCGACAACGGUGGCCAACACGGCCGGGUGGAGCUCAACCCGGAGGCCGGGGGCGUCGUGGUUGCUACGGUGUUGUCCGAUGUCAGCAUUCAACAGAACGAGGGCUUGCAUGUUUACCAGUCCACCAAGAUACUGGUUGUGUUUCCUUCCUUCAAGGACCCCACCUUUUUGCCGGGACCCCUGCUGAUGGAGUCUGAAAUCCUCGUCGCUGGUUUCAGGAGCCAGCUGAUAAGUUCUAGUGGUUUCUCCUUGAGGUUUGAUGCGAGCGUCGCCACCGUCUUCGAAGACCCAAGCAUCGACGCGUCGGACAUCGAGAUCAACCGUACUGGUUCUGAAGAGCUGGUGGUUCGGGGCACCGGCUUCAACGACAUGGUUCCACUGGCUGUGGAGUUCGACCCACCGCUUGACAUGGCCAACCUUCGCGUCAAUGUGAGCAGCGUCCUAGGAGACUCCGGGUCGGAGUGGAUUACUGGUGCCGGUAUGGUGGUGCUUGACCACCCUGUUACGAUAGCCACCGUGGUACCCGACUCCAAGCCCCUCUUCAACCAGUUGGACAACACGGUCGCGCAUUGGCCCUCUGUGGAGGCCUCCUCUACGGUGAUCGAUAUCGUCGCCACCGACAGCCUCGCCGUGAGAGGCGACAAUUUUAAGCUGGGGACCAGGCUGAUAUUCGACCCCCUUCUGAACAAGGGGUUCGACAUGCGGGUGUUUUCGCGAACGGAGAUCGACGUCUUCCGCAAGCGUGUGAUCGGCCAGCCACCCAGCACGUGGAGGUCGGCGCCCUGUCCGCUCAAGGUGGUUGCGAUCGAUACCGGCGCCGGCGUGGUGCAGGUCAACCCCGAGGACGGGGGCGUGGUGGUGGCUAUACUUCGAUAG